CCCCCUAGGUGAAAGCAGUGUUCCAGACAGAAAAAACUCUCUGCCAGGGGGCUGAAGACAACGUUUUGGUUUCUCUUAGCAGAAGAGCCCAGCAGCUUUCCGCAGACGUACGCGCCCCCCCUCUGCUCCCUGUGGAGCGGCAGCGGGCGUGCAGGCACGGGCAGCGGGCGGGGCACUGGGGGAGCGCCCCCGCCCCCUCGCCACGCUCCGCCUCAGCCCCGCCCCGCUGUGUGACGUACCGCCCGCUUCACAAGGUUCCGCGGUGCCGCCAUUUUGUCGUGGCCGAGAGCUGAGGCGCGGCGGUAGCGGCGGCUUCGGAGAGCGCGGCGGCAGCUUCGGAGAGCGCGGCGGCAGUCCAGACUGCUGAGAUGGGAAGUUCCCAGCGCAACAACCAGCCCGAGUGGGGCGAGAAGGAACGCUGGGAUCGGCGGCGCGGCGGCAGUGAGCGCCAGGGGAAGCGGAGAUCGCCCAGCGGUGCCCGGGAGAGCAGGCACUACAGGCACGAGAAGUCCAGACGGCCUCACAGUAAAUGUUCAGAAGCCAAAUCCGUAAAUGACCGGGAGCACCACAAGCGGAGGCGCUAUGUGGAGGAGUACAGGAAUGAGCACGCACAGGGCUAUGACAGCGGGCAGCAGCACCGCGAGCACGACAAGAGCGACCACUGCCACCACAGCAGCAGGUCCUUGGGCCGCAGCGGGAAGGGCUGCUACAAGCGGUGGUACAGGACACAGCACAGCACCUGCCACCACCACCGUCACUCACAGAGGAGUCAUCGAAGGAAAAGAUCCAGGAGUGUAGAGGAUGAUGAGGAGGGUCACCUGAUCUGUCAGAGUGGAGACGUACUAAGUGCAAGAUAUGAGAUUGUUGCUACUUUGGGUGAAGGUGCUUUUGGAAAAGUGGUGGAAUGCAUCGAUCACAAAGCGGAGGGUAGACAUGUAGCUGUGAAAAUAGUAAAAAAUGUGGAUAGGUACUCUGAAGCAGCACGUUCAGAAGUACAAGUACUGGAACAUUUAAAUGCAUCAGAUCCCAGCAAUACAUAUCGCUGUGUCCGAAUGUUGGAAUGGUUUGAGCAUCACGGACAUGUCUGCAUUGUUUUUGAGCUAUUGGGACUCAGUACCUAUGACUUUAUUAAAGAGAAUGGCUUUUUGCCAUUUAGGCUGGACCACAUUAGACAGAUGGCGUAUCAGAUUUGCAAAUCUGUGAACUUUUUACAUUUGAACAAACUGACACAUACAGAUCUGAAACCAGAAAAUAUUUUAUUUGUCCAGUCUGAUUAUGUAGAAGAGUAUAACCCCAGACUGAAACGUGAUGAGCGCACGCUAAAAAAUCCAGACAUCAAAGUGGUGGAUUUUGGGAGUGCAACGUAUGAUGAUGAGCAUCACAGCACUUUGGUGUCUACGAGACAUUACAGGGCUCCUGAAGUUAUUUUAGCAUUGGGAUGGGCACAACCAUGUGAUGUUUGGAGCAUUGGAUGUAUUCUCAUCGAAUACUACCUUGGGUUCACGGUAUUUCCGACUCACGACAGCAAAGAGCACCUGGCAAUGAUGGAACGAAUACUGGGGCCUUUACCAAAUCACAUGAUACAGAAAACUAGGAAAUGUAAGUAUUUCCAUCAUGACCAGCUGGACUGGGAUGAACACAGCUCUGCAGGAAGAUACGUCGCAAGGCGCUGUAAGCCACUGAAGGAAUUCAUGAGAUGCAGGGACGCUGACCAUGAGAACCUGUUUGACCUCAUUCAAAAAAUGUUGGAAUAUGACCCAGCUAAACGAAUUACACUUGAAGAAGCACUAAAACAUCCUUUCUUCUUCCCCUUGAAACAAGAGAAAAGGAAGCUAUCUCCUGUAGCAGAGCAGGCCUGUCCAGAUGGUAUCAGUCCACCAAAGAAACAUAGAAGAUUUUAAAUAUUUAUUAUGUAUAGUUGUUUUUUGUAAAUGUCCUAUUUUGUAUUAUGAUUUUUGGAUACUUAAUGCAGUUGUUGAAAUAAAAGGUAUUUAAGGAAAAAAA